AUGACAAGUUUCUGGCAAUCUCUAAAGACGUUCAUUCGAGUUCUGAGCUACAUUGUGCUUCUUGUUCCUGGGCUUACGUUGCUGAGGUUGGUCCAGGACGGUAGUCUGCGGAAUCCAGUCGAGGCCGGAUGUACCGUCGAGGCCAAAGAGCUGCAGAACGCUCACGGAUCGGAGACAAUCAGUGCAAACCAAACGUUAAAGAACCUAUCACACGUGCCAGUUCAUCAGGAAUUACCAAUGCCUCCUCGCCUCCGAUUCUUUGAUUUGCAAGAUGCAAUCCUAAAUCUUUCCCAACUACCCGACGAGCUGGAUCCCAGAAAAGGACAAGGAAACCUCCACAAUGCCUUUCAAAGAGCGACAGUGGUCAAGGAAGCUUCUUGGUUGCCCAAACGCCGCCUGUGUCGUGAUUCUUGCUGCGUCGAGACUGUGGCGAUAUCCCUGGAACAAGAUGAACGACAAUUCAUGCAUGACAAGGCGGGAUUGGAUUUGGCAGACCUCAUGAUGCCAGCUGCCAAACAACCACCCAACGAAGUCUUCGCCGUACCUCUUCAAGAAGAAAUGCUACCCUGUUUGGUUCCUGGAACCAUCAUAACAGUGGAAAAUCACCGCUGGAAUAAUCGCCAAUUCUGGCAACAGAUUCGACCUAACAUUCACGUUCCUUACGUGCUCAUGACGACAGGCUCAGACGACGACAGUCCCAGUAAGGCAUCUCCCAGUGAAUACAUUACCGAUCCCCUCAUGAUCAAAUGGUACGGUUCCAAUCCAUUGUAUCAUCAGAAUCGAAUCUUUCAGGACCAUCUGCACAGCGACAACAACAAAUUUCAAACCUUUAACUUGGGCCUCUCUCAUCGGUUUGCUCAAGAAAAGUAUCUGAGACCGUAUCUGAAACUGACCAACUAUACCAAUCCCUUUUUGAACAAAGAUCGAUGGAAUCUGACGAACUCUACGUUUGAUUACGACAAGGAUGUCUUUGUCCACUUUGGCUUGCGGAGGCAACAUCGACAGGAACUGUGGCAGCGACUGUGCCCGAACACCACAGAGGGUGGUGGAAGGGCUUCAUGUAACCAGGAAACCAACGGGCUCCCUACCCCUCAAAUCUAUGCUGACAUGAGUCGAUAUCGCUUUGCUGUGAGCCCUACAGGAGCGGGCUAUGACUGUUACCGGACUUACGAAACGCUUCUAUUGGGUGUCAUCCCCAUUAUUGAAGAGCGACCUGGUGCCAGCCAGGACCUCUUUGCGGGGUUGCCCGUCGUUCACAUGCCAGAUUUGAACCAAGCAACCAAAGACGAUAUUGCCGCUGCAAUUCAAAACUACGUUGCCAGUGACGAGUUUCAGAAGGCUUCCUUCCAAGACGGAUGGGCGCGUCUCUUUUUCAAAGAGAAACGACGCCAACUGUUGCGAGAUACCGGCCGACAAAAGGACAUUCUUCUGGAUGACAAGGGUAAAGAGUAUUAUCAAGCCUACAAGUACACCGUGGUGGAGGAUGACGAGAUUGUGGAUUGUUGGAGCAACAAAAAUUGCGUGCUACACAAAAGAAAGGACGGUGCCAGCGACUUUGUCGACGUGAUGGAUUGGAUCACAAAGUGGGGGAAAUAG